UACCAUGUGUAGGAAGCCCCUACAACAAAGGGUUAUGGAGUCUGUGAUGCCAGCAGGGCUGAGGGGGAGAAUCCCUGAGACAGCCCCAGUCUAGGCCCUGCUGGGUGGGCAGAGAGGGUGCAGCAGCCGUAGACAACUGCUGCUGAGACAGCCAGCGCUCUGCAGGCCUGACACCCCCACUCUCACUCCCAUCUGAGGUGUCUGUUGCACUGGGUGAGGUGUGCGCACCAUGGCCAACCCUCCUGAGUAAUUUCAGAAAGAAGCUUAUAAAGCAUUUUAAGAGGUUGGUAAAUUGCAAUUUCAGAAGCACAUAAAUGCUUCUAUAAAUGCCAGCUUUGCAAACAAAGUCUAUGUGGGAGAAGAGUAAAGAGGUUGCCCAAGCCUCGGGAAAGGCCCUGUUGGGAGGUGGAUGACCACAUUUACCUGUGGUCCUUGAUUGUCAGGUUGUCCUCCCGACUUGCUUGACUACUUGGCAGUGCUUUGUUCUUUUUAUUACCUGUUUGUCCAAAGAGCCUGCACAGACCACCUUGGUAACCUGUUCAGGGAUUGAGUGGGCUGCUCAGGGCAGGCUGUCCUGGGGUCCCGAUUCUGUCCUCUGAGGUUCAGGGAUCGGCAGGCCGAAAAGGAAACUGUCCUCUAAAGCAGCCCCAUUCGUGGGCUCACACCCACGAUCCAUUGCUGGCCAUAGCCUUAAACCAUCAUCAAAGACUAAUCAGUAUUUUGACAGCAAUCUGUGUUUUACAAAACACCUUUUCUUCUGUUCUGUUUGACCCUGCUUGUCUCUUUGUGAAGCAGCAGGGCAGGGCGAUGACCCUACUGUCCCAGUGGGGACACUGAGGAUGCCAGAGAGGGAGUGAAGUGCUCAUAUCACAGGGCAGAUUGUCAGCAGAGCAGAGCCAGGAUUUAGACCUAGGUCUCCUGCCCCUAAAUUCUGGGUGUCUGCACUUGGUGUGAGGGGGAAGCAGCAGGACAUGGGUGUGGGAUUUUGGGUCCGAGAGCCCUGGUUUCAGAUCCAGACUGGGUUACUCCCUGUUCACCUUGACCACGCUUCUUUAUUUACCAUUCUGAGUGUCACUUUCUUCCCAUCAGUAACAUGGAGGCAGUAUUGGCCUGCUCCUGGGAUGGCUGUGAGGUAUAAAUGAAGUAACUGUGAGCCUGGCACAUAAUAGCUCCACGAAUUUUAGUUUCCUUUGCUCCUUUUCCACCAGCCUGGUGGCCCAGGUGCAGGAGAGUGGCUGGAGUUGACGAAUGGACAGGCUGGGCUCCUCAGGAGAAGGCACGAGGAAAGGGCAGGAACCAAAAUGUCAUUCAUGAGGCUACUCCCGGUUUAUGGGCUCUGGUGCAGUCUUUGAAGAGGCAAUAAAGUUUACAUUCUACUAGGAAAUGACAACAGCUGAGAGUCCUGACUUAGCAAUCCAAAUUCAAAAAAAUUUUUUUUACAAGGUAAGGAAUUCUGGAUGGGUAGCAAAAAUCACGUUCUAAUGUGAUUAGCUUUCUGGAAUAGGAAUAGGCUUUCCCAAGAGUAAAUGCCAACACCCCAUGGAGAGUGUAUAUAAACGCCCCAGAGAGGCCUUGAGAGUCUAGAACCUGAGCUCCUUGCUAUCCUGUGACCUUCCUCUGCUAGCAUCAUGGCCACCCAGAUCUGCUCCCCAGUCUUCUCCUCUGGGUCUGUCAAGGGCCUCUGUGGCACGGCAGGCAGCCUCUCCCGGGUGACCUCCGUCCGCUCUCUAGGCUCCUGCAGGGUUCCCAGUCUUGCUGGUGCUGUGGGAUCAGCCUCCUCCAUCAGGCUGGGCCUCUCCGGUUUCGGGAGCUGCUUGCCUGGCCCCUACCUGUCCACUGGGUGCUACCCUUCUGGCUUUGGGAGUGGGGGCUUGUUCUUUGAGGGCGCCUUCAAUGGCAGCGAGAAGGAGACCAUGCAGUUCCUGAAUGACCGCCUGGCCAGCUACCUGGAGAAGGUGCGCCAGCUGGAGCGUGAGAACGCUGAGCUGGAGAGACGCAUCCGGGAGUGGUAUGAGGCUCAGAUCCCGUACAUCUGCCCAGACUACCAGUCCUAUUACAAGACCAUUGAGGAGCUCCAGCAGAAGAUCCUGCUGACCAAGGCUGAGAAUGCCAGGCUUGUCCUGCAAAUUGACAAUGCCAAGCUGGCUGCUGAUGAUUUCCGGACCAAGUAUGAGACGGAGCUGGGCUUGCGGCAGCUGGUAGAGGCCGACAUCAAUGGCCUGCGCAGGAUCCUGGACGAGCUGACCCUGUGCAGGGCCGACCUGGAGAUGCAGGUGGAGUCCCUGAAGGAGGAGCUGUUGUGUCUCAAGAAGAACCACGAGGAGGAAGUCAAUGCACUCCGAGGCCAACUUGGGGACCGACUGAAUGUGGAGGUGGAUGCUGCCCCCACAGUGGAUCUCAACAAGAUUCUGGAUGACAUGAGAUGCCAGUAUGAGACCCUGGUGGAGAAUAACCGCAGAGAUGUGGAGGCCUGGUUCAACACUCAGACCGAGGAGCUGAACCAGCAGGUGGUGUCCAGCUCCGAGCAGCUGCAGUCUUGCCAGACUGACAUCAUCGAGUUGAGACGCACGGUCAACGCCCUGGAAAUCGAGCUGCAGGCCCAGCACAGCAUGCGGAGUUCCUUGGAGUCCACCCUAACGGAGACCGAGGCCCGCUACAGCUCCCAGCUGUCCCAGCUGCAGUUCAUGAUCACCAACGUGGAGUCCCAGCUGGCCGAGAUCCGCUGUGACCUGGAGCGGCAGAACCAGGAGUACCAGGUCCUCUUGGAUGUCAAGGCCAGGCUGGAGUCGGAGAUCGCCACCUACCGCCGCCUGCUGGAGGGAGAAGAUUCCAAGCUGCCCCCGCACCCCUGCGCCACCGAAUGCAAGCCUGCCAUUAGAGUGCCUUACAUCCCGGCUGUGCCCUGUGCGCCCACGGUGCCCUGUGCCCCGGGCCCCCAGAUCAGCACCCAGAUUCGCACCAUCACAGAGGAGAUCCGAGAUGGGAAAGUCAUCUCCUCCAGGGAGCACCUGCAGCCCUGCCCGCUGUAAGCCUGCCCGGCCCCCUGGCACAGAGCCUGGCCUGCAGGAAGGUGGAACAGCCCUGUGACCCGGCUCCGCACAGCCUCCUCCCUGCUCCCCCCAAUUCCUAGAGGGGUUCCCUGCUUGGCAGAUUUUUCUAUCAAUAUACUUCUUAUAUCAUGUUUCUAGACUUAACUGCUUUUACCCUAUGCAAAACUAGGCUUCCCUGGAAAUUUCCCCAAUAAAGUGUGUUCUCUUGGCAUAGCAAAUUUGA